AAACAAAGACGACGGAUUCAAAUUAUCAUUUGAUAAUUUGACUCGAAUUAUUUAAUCAUAAUUUCUCUCAUCUUGUGAACAUUUCCGGCUUCUCGGUCGUGUGUCAACUGCUACAACAUUUACAACUCAUUAUAAAUUCUUAAUGUAAUAGAGCAUUCGUGCUCAAUUUUGUCAAGCUUUUGAUAUUCUGUUGUAAUUGCUGUUAAUUAUAACAAACGGACGUAAAUUAUUCUGAGUUCACUUGUCGUAUAAUCCAAAGAAACUAAUCAUGCCAGAGCACAGUGUUAAAUACACGAAACCUUUCCAAAACGAUCAAGACGAAGGAGACGGCGCUGCAGUCGCCGUAAUUGGGUCGAAUCACGGCUCUGCUACUCGAUCAAGACGCGUUAAAUUUGUGGCUUUUGUCGUGGUCAUUCUUCUUAUUCUGAAUGUUAUAUUCCUUGCCCUCUUUUUAAACGAUCGACAUCGUUACAACGAGUGCAAGAAAAGUUUGCAAGAUGGGGUGAAGACAACUCCAUCUUCAUCUACACACCCUCAGUCUGGCAAGCCUACACAAACUCACACCAAUGUUACUUCCACGAUUCCUACGCCCACCAAACCAGACUAUGGACCCGGUCCUUGGAAGAAGAUUCGCCUUCCCUCUUACUUUAAGCCACGUCACUAUGACGUUGAGCUGGUCGUAGAGCUGGAUAAGCUGAUCUUCAGUGGAUAUGUGGUUGUGACACUCAAUCUGACUCAAGAAACACCUUACAUGUAUUUGCAUUCCAAUAAACUGAAAAUCUCAUCUCGAUGCAUAAAAAAGAACGGCAAGUCGUUAGAUCUGAAAAGAUAUUUCUGGUAUUCAACGAACCAAUUCUACGUGAUGGAGACCAAAGAGAAGCUAGCUCCAGGCGAGUACAAAGUUCGACUGGAGUUUACUGGAAUUUUGGCCGAUGAUCUCGUCGGACUUUACAGGAGUACGUACAAGAAUAAGGAUAACAAAGAAAUAACUAUUGCAGCGACUCAAUUGCAAGCGACGGAUGCUCGUAAAGUGUUUCCCUGUUUUGAUGAGCCCGCUUUGAAAGCAACCUUUAACGUGACGCUUGUGCGAGCAAAAGACAUGAUUUCCUUAACCAACAUGCCUAGAAUGAGAAGUGAAAAUCGUUCUGACACAAUGGUCGCCGACUAUUACUAUAAAACUGUUAUCAUGCCAACAUAUCUCUUGGCAUUUGUCGUAUGUGAUUUUGGUUAUCUGCAUGCUACGGCUGGUAAACAGAACCAAACCUCGAUGAAGUAUUAUACGUCGAAAGGUCAAAUAGAUCAAGCCGAGUUAGCAAGAAGCGUUGGUGGAAAAAUACUCGAUUAUUUCGAAGGCUUUUUUAACAUCUCGUAUCCCUUACCAAAAGCAGACAUGAUUGCCGUGCCUGACUUUCAGGCCGGUGCAAUGGAGAAUUGGGGACUUAUCUUGUACCGUGAAACUGCGAUGUUGUUCAAAGAAGGUCAGUCGUCCGAAUCCAAUCGAGAAAGGAUUGUUCAAGUGAUCUCUCACGAGUUGGCACACAUGUGGUUUGGUAAUCUCGUCACUCCAUUGUGGUGGGAUGAUCUAUGGUUAAACGAGGGUUUUGCAAGUUUUGUUGAAUACAUAGGAGUGGACUAUAUUUAUCCAGAUUGGAACAUGAACGAUGCAUUCAUCAACAACGACAUGUUUUACGCGCUUACUUUAGAUGCUUUAGUCACGUCGCAUCCCAUUUUACUACCUGUGAAUCAUCCAGAUGAAAUCAACGAAAUCUUUGACAGCAUAACGUACAACAAAGGAGCGUCUGUCAUUAGAAUGUUAGAAUAUUUCUUGACACGAAACACCUUUACCAAGGGAUUGACUAACUAUUUAAACGCCUAUGCUUAUGGGAACGCACAGACUAAAGAUCUAUGGAAUCAUCUCACACAAGCAUGCAAAUCUGAAGGUAAAGACAUCGAUGUUGCUGAAAUCAUGGAUACCUGGACUCUACAAAUGGGACAAGAUCGUUUUAACGCAGCAGCGUUUCCUGGACGAUCAGAUGCAGACCAAAAUAACACAAAAUUCACUUCAAAAUUUGAAUAUAAAUGGAACAUUCCGUUUUCGGUGGCAGUAGGCAAUGAAAGUGCUAACAAAAAAGUGGAAGUAGCCGGCAGAAAAAUCACGUGGAUGAACAAAACAGCAGUUAAAACAACGGUGGCUUACGAGCGUUGGGAUUCAAGCAAUCAAUGGAUAAAAGGAAAUAUUGGACAGAAGGGUUUUUAUCGCGUAAACUAUCCAACCAAAAACUGGGAUUUACUGGCCCAGCAGUUGCAGUAUAAUCAUUCGGUGUUUUCAUUUGGUGACAAAGCUGGUUUGAUUCAUGAUGCAUUCGCUUUAGCCAAUGCCGGCUUACUAGAGUUCAAAUAUGCUCUAAAUAUAACGAGAUACCUUAAAGAUGAGAGAAACUACAUUCCAUGGGACGCUGCCAUGACCUAUUUUACGUCCCUUGCGCGCAUCGUGCCAAAGACGGAAAAGGCGUACCAAGGAAUAAGGAAAUACCGCUUCAAAUUAAUAAAAUCGAACUUUGAAAGACUUGGCUUUUUUGAUAAUGGAACUCACUUGGACAAGUACCUGCGAAUUGAAGGUGUAUAUGCUGCAUGCUUGGCACGUGACGAAGUCUGUUUGAAAAAGACUAAGGAGCUAUUCGAUAAAUGGAUCAACAAUGAAUCUUAUCCACUGCCACCUGACUUAAGAUUCCUGGUGUAUUUCUAUGGAAUGUCUCAGAGUGGCGAAAAGGAAUGGGACAAAACGUUUGAACGACUUCUGAAAACAAACGUUGCGUCAGAACGAAUUAAGCUGAUGUAUGGACUAGCAGGCAUAGCAGAACCUUGGAUUCUUAACAGAUAUCUACAGUAUUCAUUUCUUGAAAACAAAAUCAAGUCGCAAGACUCAAGUUACGUCAUCAGCUAUGUUGCAAACGCCAAUCCCAUUGGACGACAAUUUGCAUGGAAUUUCCUCAAGGAGAGCUGGUCGACAAUUUUGAAAAAAUACGGCAGUGCUUUUGGUUUUGCAAGCAGUACUUUCGUGAAUAGCGUUGCAAGGUUUUUUAGCACCAAGUGGGAACUAGAAGAGGUCGAGAAACUUUUCAAGAAAUAUCCGGAGUCCGGUUCCGCCACCCGAACUCGUGAUCAAAUCUUGGAAACAAUUCGCUCUAAUAUCCAAUGGCGGAAGAAGAAUGAAAAGCAAAUUGAGGAAUGGUUGUCAUCAUUUGGUUUGGCAUAAGAAAUAUCCUUCUUGUUUGCUACGAACAACGAUAACGGUCGUUUUAUUUGCUCGUGAAUAUUUAGUUAGGAGUAUUUGGCCGUUAAUUCUUUCUCUAUUUGGCCAGUCAAUCUUGCUUGAUAUCCUAUCGAUCAUUGGGCAAAAUAAAUUAAAACAGCUCAUUCUUGGUUAUCCUAACAUUUCAAUAAAUCUAAAAUUUGUUUGAUUUAUUUUUAAAUGUUCGUAAUCGUCAUCGUGUUGUCAUAAGGUAUUUUUAUUUUAAAAUUGAGCUGCUAUUAUUUAUUUUGUCAGCAGCGCUCAUAUUCGAUUAGAUUAAGAUUACAUUCUUCAUAUUUCCAAUAGGUCACCAAAGGAAUUAUUGUUUUAGCUCUUUUCGUAACCUACUAACUUCACCAGUGAUUGAAAUUCAGUCCUGAAAGUUUGAGAGAAAGAGCGAGGAGGGAGGAGAGAAAAGGGGAGGAGGGAGCGUCGCAUUAGACAUUUUUUGAUUUCUUAAAAACUUUGAAUACUUUUGUAAUGUUAGAGAAUUCCUUGGCAAUGCUAAAAAAUUCCUCGAUUUUCGACAUA